GCAAGUCGACGGCUGGCCGCGUAACAGUAAACACAAACACGAGCGGACUACGAAUCCGCACGAGCCGAGUCCAAGUUCUACUAAAAAACGAACUCCCACGAGCAACGAAAGAGUUUUUUUGUUUGUUAACACCAAUACAAAUAUUAUACUGGCCAAAACAGCUGAGCCACAGCAUUGUGUUUUGUUCUUCGCCACUAACUGUUGUUAGACGCCCCACGUGUUCCUUGUUUUUUGCUGUGCAUUUAUAUUCUCUGUGCUUCAUCCCAUAAGGAAAAAAGUGUCAAAAGGAGCUGAUCAUCAAGCAAUCUGCAACCUGUAAAAGAAAAUCGCCAAGAGGAAGUCCCUGAUCAUAUCAAAUCGCAGCACAAUGGAGAAAUCCAGCUUAACGGAGAAGAAUCGCACCCAUGUGUACAAUGACACAACGCGGCCAAAGAAGCCGAAGCGUCGCGACAAGAGCGAUCUGGGUCCGGAUUUCGUGGCGCCCGACGGAGGAUGGGGCUGGGUGGUCUGCCUGGCAGCGGGCUUGAAUAAUUUCUUCCUUUUCCCGGCCCUGCAGCAAUAUGGUUUGAUCUACAGGGAUCGCAUGUUUUCGCUGGGCUUUGAUGCCAAGGAAACGACGACUAUUGUGAAUGUGGUGAUGGCCAUCUCCUCGCUAGUGGGCAUUGUCAAUGGAGCCAUGUUCCGACGGUUCACCUUCCGUCAGGUGGCUAUGACCGGCAGCACUCUGGCCUUCUUGGGCAUCUUUAUAUCAGCCUUUUGCACCAACUUCUGGCAGUACAUCAUCUGCCUGUCGGCGAUAUAUGGCAUCGGACUGGGCCUGUCCAUGGCGGCCACCUCGCUGGCGGUUAACACGUACUUCAAGCAGAAGAGACGACGAGCCACGGGCUUUUCGUGGACGAUCACGGGGCUGGGUCCCAUCUUUUUCCCCCAUGUGUCCCGCUUCCUGGUAGACUUCUACGGACCCCAGGGCAGCAUUCUGAUCUACGCUGGGAUAGGCAUGAAUGCAAUCCUUUGCGCCUUGACCCUCCAGCCCGUGCUGUGGCAUGUGAAGAAGCCGGAGAAACCCAUCGCAGGUGAAACUGAGGGAGGUGCCGAGUCGGAGAAGUUGCAGUCGGAAGGGCUGGAGGCCAAUGGCAAUCUCCUGUCUCCUAGCAAUGAUCCUUGGAAGGAUUACGAGUGCAAGUACUGCCAGUGUCAGAAGCGUGGCAAGCGGGGCCUCUUCUCUUCGCAGUACCUCUUCAACGUGGACGAUCCCGAGAGACCUGGCUAUGAGAUCACCGAUCCGGGUACUCCCAUGUUGGCCCGUGCCAAUGAUGGUUGGUUCGGAUCUAAGCACUCCUUGACUGCAGAGGGUGGACCCGGGGGAGCUCGCUAUCGCACUCGCCAAGCGCUGAUGCGUCAGGUUUCCUCCAGGAGUCGUGAGAAUCUCGACAGAUUGGAGCAGAAUAGAGAUGAGCAGGGCCAGGAGAGCACACCAGUGCCCCUGUACAAGCCGAAUUACUUCAAUCGUGAACGCGAGGACAUGGAUCGGUAUGCCAGCAAGACGAGCGUCUAUUCCCGACCUGGUCAGGAGGAACUACUGCGCUGCACCUGCGCCGCUGACAAGGCACUGCUGCAGAAGACCGCCGAGUCGCUCCAGGUGGACCUCUUGAAUCAGCUGGCUGAAGAUGAGGAGGAGGCAAAGAAACACAUGACCUUCUGCCAGAAGGUGACCAAGUUCUUCGAUCUUGAUCUGCUGCGGGACUUCACGUUCGUCAAUUUGGCCGUUGGCAUGAGCAUCAUGAUGUUUGGCGAGAUGAACUUCUCGGUGCUGACUCCCUUUAUUCUGAAUAGCUUCGGGUACACGGACAAACAGAUCACGUUGGCCAUGUCGCUGUUGGCCACCAUGGAUAUAACGGUGCGGUUCCUGGCUCCGCUCGCCCUGGAGAAGGUGAAGCUGGAUAAUCGGGUCCUGUUCGCCUUCGGCAUCCUCUGCAUCGCUGUGGGCCGCGUGGUUGUCGCCUUCACCACGUCCUACCACGUCAUGAUCGGCGUCUUCCUGCUGAUCGGCUUCGGCAAAGGAUUCCGCACCAUUUUCUCACCCCUCAUAAUACCCAGCUAUGUCCCGCUGAAUCGCUUACCAGCCGCCUCCGGCCUGCAGCUCAUCUUCAACACGAUAUUCUCCCUUGCCAUGGGCCCCAUUCUUGGUAGCCUGACGAAGGCUUUUGGCUAUGCGGCCACCAUCCACGCCAUCAACUCGCUAACCGCUUUGGCCCUGAUUUUAUGGCUAACAGAGUCCGCGGUGCGUCGCAUUUUGGGAAAACAGUCCAAAGGACUGGGUCAAUAGAAGCAGCAUUUAUACUAAUCCGAAUUGGAAGUGUGGCAAAACCUUUGGCGGAACUGAACUACUUGCCAUCCCAGUGUGCGAGAUCAUGGCCUGAUUGGAGCUGCAGACAUAGCCUAGUCCAUUCUUCCCAAUCAAUUUGUGUGCAUAGUAUUACUUGAGUUUGCGGCGCCGGUGUUGCCCUUACUUAAAGAUACCUAAGAAACAUAACUCUUAACUAGCUCAUAAUCACCCAUCGCUACCUUAACUUACGGUAAAUUUUUUUUGUAGCUUUUGAUACUCUUUCUAGACUUAAUAAAUGUACUUAGUGAUAUGUUAUAAGUGUAUAAAUGUUCCGCAGUUGAUAAAUAAAUGUAUAUUAGUUAGAAAA